AUGUAUGUACACGAUGGAACCAAAAGCAGCCUUGGAGGAGACAAAGCAGGGAAGCCAGGGCCAGCAGACUACCGCCCAGGAAAGCCUAUUGAAGGCAUCCCUCAGCUCAGCCACCUGCUGCAGAAGGACCUCGACCACGGAGCACCGAUGCUUUCGUCCAUCCUCAACACCUUGGCCACCCUCAGUGCCUCUGGCAACCUCAAUGCCUCUGGCAACCUCAGCACUUUGGUCAACCAUAAUGCCUUGAUGAACCUCAAUGCCUUGGCCAACCUCCACAACUUGGUCAGCCUCAAUGCCCUGGCCAACCUGAACGCUUUGGUCAACCUCAACGCCUUGGUCAACCUCAGUGCCUUGGCCUACCUCAGUGCCUUGACCAACCUGAAUGCCUUGGCCAUCCUUAAUGCCUUGGCCAACUUGAAAGACCUGUCCAACCUCAACGCCUUGGUCAGCCCCAACACCUUGGCCGACCUCAGGGUGCAGCAGCACAAGUCCCUCGUGGUCACCUGUAACUACGAAGCCUGGCGCCAUGGAGUGAAGAAGUCGAUGUCCCUCAAGGAAGCCAUGGAGAAGUGUCCUCACUUGGUGCUGGUCAACGGAGAAGAUCUCACUUCCUAUAGGGAGAUGUCCUACAAGGUGUACAACGAGCAGAUCUAUGACCUGCUGGAGCCCAAGGGACCUCUAGCUAUCCGGGAGGAUCCUGAGCGAGGAGCUGUGGUUCAGGGCCUCUCCUUCCACCAGCCUGCAUCAGCAGAGCGGCUCAUGGAGAUGUUGGCCAAUGGCAACAGAAACCGGACGCAGCAUCCCACUGAUGCCAGUGCUGUCUCCUCCUGCUUGCAUGCCAUCUUCCAGAUCCACGUGAAGCAGCAGGACUGCACUGGCAGCCUCAGUCAGGGUCUGAAGGUGGCCAAGAUGAGCCUGAUGGACCUGGCAGGCUCAGAGCGAGCGUCGGUCGCCAACAGCAGGGGAGAGCGGCUGCGGGAGGGGGCCAACAUCAACCGCUCGCUGCUGGCCCUCAUCAACGUCAUCAACGCCUUGGCUGAUGCAAAGGGCAAGAAAAGCCACAUCCCGUACCGGGACAGCAAGCUGACACGCCUGCUGAAGGACUGCCUGGGUGGCAACUGCCGCAGCAUCAUGGUGGCGGCAGUGAGCCCCUCUGUGCUGGCCUAUGAGGACACCUACAACACGCUCAAGUAUGCCAGCAGGGUCAAGGAGAUCAAGCUGUCGCUGAAGAGCAGCACGUGCAGCUCUGACUCCCACCUCUGUGGAUAUGUGGAGAUGUGUGAGCAGCUGAAAGGGCAGGUGGCAGAGCUGCGGGCAAAGCUUCGUGCUUAUGAGGAUGGUGCCCGAGUGGCGCAGAACCAAGCAGCAGGGCCACAGGCUCCUUCCAGCGUGAGCCCAGUGGAGCUGCCCAGGUUGGAGGAAGCUGUGCCAAAGCCAUGCUUGUCCCUUGAUGAUGAGGGGGAGGAUGAGGGAGAGCAGCAGGAGCUGCAGGCUGGUUUUCCUGUUCAGAUGCAGUUGGAAUCGGAGGGCGAGACAUUCACCCUCAGUGCUCUGCUGCUGUCAGGCUGCUGCACUGCGUAA